GAUAUUUGAUAAUGUGAUAUGCAUUUUUUUUUCAAAUUUUUUUCUUAAUUUAAUUAUAAUUAUUUUAUUGUGGAGUAUAGAUAAUUUGUUUGCAAGAUGGAUAAUGAGAGUGAAACUCAAGUGGACUCUAGUGCAAGUGGAAGAAGAGAUCCGGGGUGGAAAUAUGGUCGUUUGGUUAAUGAAAAAGAUUUGAACACCAUCAUAUGCAUUUUUUGUGAGAAAGUAACCAAAAAAGGCAUCUAUAGACACAAACAACAUCUUGUUGGUGGAUAUAGAAAUGCUAAAAAGUGUAGAAAAUGUCCGGAACAUGUUAGAGAAGAAAUGGAAGAGUAUAUGAGUUCCAAGAAAAAUCAAAAAGAGCAAAUGAAUAUGGGGAGCGAAUAUGUUAAUGAAGAUUUGUUUGGUUUGGAAGAUGAAGAUAUUGGUGAGGAGAUUAAUAGUAGAACGAAUGUCACCAACAUUUCUAGUGGAGGUAGUAACCGAGGAGGAAGUGGUGGUAGGACGUUUUCUUCAAAAAAACCAAGACAAAAAGGUCCUAUGGAUCAUUUUUUCACUCCUAAUGCAGAGAUGGUUGUUCAAAAUCAAAGGAGUGGAAAGAUGCAUCAAACUACCAUCAAUGAUGCCUACAAAAAGGAAGCAAGAGAAAGAGCUUGCACGCUUAUCACAAGAUGGAUGUAUGAGGCUGCUAUUCCAUUUAAUGCAGUCACAUAUCCGAGUUUCCAACCAAUGAUUGAGGCUAUUGGCCAAUAUGGUGUGGGUAUGAAGGGACCAACUUUUCAUGAGGUAAGAGUUACCAACCUUAAGAAAGAAUUGGCUCUCACAAAAGAUUUGAUGAAAGAUCAUAUGGUGGAAUGGGGGAAAAAUGGAUGUUCAAUUAUGUCGGAUGGAUGGACCGAUAGGAAAGAGAGAACUUUGGUGAACUUUUUGGUUAAUUGUUCAAAGGGAACCAUGUUCAUGCAAUCCAUUGAUGCUUCUUCAAUGAUUAAGACGGGAGAAAAGAUGUUUGAGUUACUUGACAAAUGGGUAGAGCAAGUUGGUGAAGAGAAUGUUAUUCAAGUUAUAACAGAUAAUCACUCAAGUUAUGUGAUGGCAGGGAGGUUGUUAGAAUUAAAGCGUCCACAUUUGUAUUGGACACCAUGUGCUGCACAUUGCCUUGACUUGAUGUUGGAAGAUAUUGGAAAGCUACCAAACAUCAAGAGGACAUUGGAGAGGGCUAUAUCACUAAAUGGGUAUAUUUAUAAUCGCUCAGGGCUACUCAACAUGAUGAGGCGGUUUACUGGACAAAGGGAAUUGCUUAGGCCUGCUAAGACUCGGUUUGCAACUGCUUUCAUCACAUUAUCGCGAUUGCAUGAACAAAAAAACAAUUUGAGGAAGAUGUUUACAAGCUCAGAUUGGUCAGAUAGUAAAUGGGCAAAAGAGCAGAAGGGGAAAACUAUAGCCAACAUAGUUCUAAUGCCUUCAUUUUGGAACACUAUUGUGUUUUGCUUAAAGGUUUCGGGUCCCCUAGUUCGUGUGCUUCGUUUGGUUGAUGGUGAAAAAAAAGCUCCUAUGGGAUACAUCUAUGAGGCCAUGAAUAGAGCUAAGGAUGCAAUUGUGAGAAGUUUUAAUGGAAAUGAAGAGAAGUACAAAGAAAUCUUCAACAUCAUUGAUAAGAGGUGGGAGAUUCAGCUUCAUCGGCCUUUGCAUGCAGCAGGGUACUUUUUGAACCCGGAAUUCUUCUAUGAUAAGCCAGAAAUAGAGCAUGAUGCCGACAUUAUGAGUGAUUUGUAUAAAUGCAUCUUAAGGCUAACAAGAGACCCUGCUAAGCAAGAAAAAGUUGUGGCCGAAGUGAGUUUGUUCACAAAUGCCCAAGGACUAUUCGGGAAUGAGUUAGCUGUUAGGACAAGAAAGACUAGAGCGCCAGGUUAG